AUGAUCCUCAUAAAUGAAACGGACCUUCAUCAUACAGUUGUGAGUUACAUUAGGAAUAACCGCCCUGAGGCUGUAAUAAUACCAGGUCUUGGUGAGUACCAGGAUACAGUGUCAAAGAGAUGUGAUGCCUGGAAGAAGGGUUAUAAAGGUGGUCAGCCAGAUCUUAUUAUAGAGAACCCUAUGGGGAAGUACACAGGAUUUGCAAUUGAAUUUAAGUCUCCUAAGGGCACUGGAACUACAAGUGAGAAGCAAAUCCUAUGGCUUAAGAGACUGAGGGAAAUAGGAUACAUGACAGUGAUAUCCGACGACUUGAUUCAAAUUUGUAUCAAAAUUAACGAGUACUUCUCACUUAGGAAGAAAGUUAAAACAGUAAGGGUGAAGAAUGUAGUUGGGGAUGUAAAGCUGUACAAGCCAAGGUUCAAAUCACACAAGUACUAGUUUAGUGCCAAGUAGAUUUGAGACAUCUUGCAAGUAAAUUCAAUUAAGUUAUCUCACCAGUUAUCUCACCAGUAGAUUUAAGUUAUCUUACAAGUAGAAUUGAGUUAUCUUGCAAGUAAAUUCAAGUUAUCUCACAAGUAGAAUUCAAGAUAUCUCAUAAGAUGAAACCAAGUUAAACCUAAGGUAUCUUACAAGUAGAAUGGAAGAUAAACCUGAGCAAAUUCAAGUACCAGUAACAAGUGAAAAGAAGAAGGACCCAAAAAGAGUAGCUGCAGGGAAACGACUAGCUGCAAUCAGUAGAAUAGCAAAGGAGAGGAAAAAGAAACUGGCUGAACCUAGGGAGUCACCUAGCAAUGAUAGUAUGAUUACCUACAUAGGAGUGGCCAUUGCAUUGAUAUCUCUUGUGCUAGCAUAUAAAACACAUCAGAGGGAAACUAAGGAACUAGAACCUGAGUUCAUCCCUAAAACUGUAGAAGUAACUAAGAAAGCUGAUGAGUCCAAGUUAGAUUCACUUGAAUGAUACAUUAAACAUACCAUAUAUUAUAGCAAGAUGAGUAAAGAAUCAAAGAUGACUAUGGAAGUGUACAACGCAGUGUUACUUACAGCAGGAGCAGUUGGUAUAUCAAUGGCAUCAAAGAAACUAUUGAAAGAACCAUUAGGUACCCCAGAUAAUGUAAAAGGAAUGGUGAAGUUAGCUGUCUCAGUUAGUCUUUCAUCUCUACUGGUGUCUUACUUGAAAGAAAAGAAGUAUCUACCGGAUGAUCCAUUCAAAACCUAG